AUGGCUGCUACUACCCCAUCUACCAGCACUAGUACCCCAUCUACCAGCAGUAAUCCCAGCAAACCCUCCUUUGGCAGAUUCUUCAAUCGACUCCAAUUGGCUUCACUCAGUCUAGAUGUGGCUCUGCUGGAACUACAGGAUGAUGAUACCAGUAGUAGUGAAUCCACCAUGGAACAGUGGAACUCCAUCAAGGAAGAGUUGAUUCUCAUGAAGUCUCUGCUGGUCAGACAAGAUGCCAAUCAAGAUGUUGUUUUGACUCCCAAUCAAGAAAGACCCAAUCAAGUCAAUGCCAUGCCGAACUUGAAAGUAGAGAAUCACACCCUCUUUCAGACAUUCUACAGGCGUGUUCUAAGGCUCCUCCAAGUACAAGUGCAACUUCAGAUGUUCAAUCAUUCUCUACAAAUGGCAAAAAAGUCUGCAAACACAAAUCUCAAGGUCAGAGCUGCCAUUGCAAACUAUGAAAAACACAUCAAUCAUCUAUUCACUUCCAACAACAGCACUACUACCAGCAACAAUAACAACAACCACACUUCCGAUGACAUGUCUGUCCGAUCCGUUUCCUCUCAUGAUAUCCGCUCUCUGCCAGGGGAUUUGGUGGGAUUCCUACUCAAGGAUCUAUACAAGAAAAACAACAAUCAGCAUCAAGCACUCGCCAAUAGACUCAUUGCUCAUGUCCAAACGUUGUUGCAGGGAAAUGGACCCUACUCUCAUGCCACUGCACAAGCUGCCACACGCUCUCUCUUGCAGCAAUGGCACAAUCAUGUCCUAGAAGAACCCACUCUGGUCAAACUAGGAUAUGGGGAUAUUGGAAACAGCAGUUCUCCUAGGAAGCGACAAGCAGAAGCGGAAGAAGAUGCGCUCCUGAGACGUCUCUCCAGUUGUGGAGGACUUCCCAUGGAAAACGUUUCCGAUAUUGGAGAAGAUAGUGACGAUGAUGAAGAAGUGGACGUCAAUGAUGACGAUAUGCUGCAGUAUCCUGACAAGAAGAAGCGCAAGUUCGCUUUCACAUCCGACGACGACGACUCCAACAAUGGCAUUGGCAAGGCACAAAUGGCGGCCAUCCUCAAGGGCGUCAACAAGUACGGAAGAGGAAGCUACAAUGUCAUUCUCAAUCUUGACGAUUCGGGUGCUCUGAAAGGAUUGACAUCGGAGCAGAUCAAACAGGCUUACCUACAGCAUCAACAACAACAACGAGCGUAA